UUAACUUUACUCCGACAUUGAUUUCUAACGGCGAACGAAAGAAAUUACGCGUACGCCGGGUAUGAAACCUCGCCACGUUCGACCUGGUCUAUGGCCCACCCCGCGUACUUUUAGUUACACCCAACUCCAGCUGCCAUUGCCGGAGCGUACUGCGCACCACCAAACCCCAUCUCUCUGUUCAUCACCCUUCUCAAGAUCCAACCAAAUCUCUCUCUCUCUCUCUCUCCCCUCUCUCUCUCUCCACUUGAUCUUCACCCCGCAAUCUCUAAUUUCGAAUUCACUCACGUGACACACUCUGUUUCUUAAGUCUCACAUUCCUUCAGUACGACCUCCGCUGGUCUCCUCAAUCCUCGCUCCCGUGUGAAUUUUUACCACUUCCAUUACCCACAGAGUGAGAUCCCCGCUCGUCCUCCGAAUCCUCGCUCUCGCAAAUUUUACUGCUCUAGACUACUUUCGAAAUGCUAUUUCCUUCUUGUGCGCGCGUUAUGUGACUUGAGGUCCGCCCAGAUGGCUUCGAUCCGGAGAACCCUGUCGCCGUACCGCGACCGCCCGCCGCACCAGAACGGCGGGAGUCCGUUUUCUGCGCCGUCGUCGCCGGCCUCCAAGCUCUUCUCCAACGGCAGGCACCCGUCGCCGGUGUCCGCGUUCGCCGUCGCCGUCACGAGAUUCCUCGACGAUGUCUUCCCCUUGCGCUAUUCCAGAAAAGGUAACCGUAUCUGGAGGAGACCUUUUUACAGGUGCUUGUUUUUCUUCCUCCUAGGGUUUCUUUUAGGCAUGGCGCCGUUUGGCCACGUCGACGACGUACCUAGUAGUCACGAUUUCUCGUUCGAUAUCGAACCCCCGCCUGUACUCGUAACGAGGCCGGAUAAUUUCUUCCUUGAUACGGUUAACUUGGGGGUUGUGAAAGAGAACUUCGAUUUUACGCCGAAAAAGCAAUUGAUUGUUGUGACGCCGACGUAUAACCGGGCACUUCAGGCCUACUACUUGAACAGAUUAGGGCAGGUGCUGAGGCUCGUUCCCCCGCCGUUGGUGUGGAUUGUGGUGGAGACAGACGCGGAGUCGGUGGAGACGGCGGAUGUGUUGAGGAAGAGUGGGGUGAUGUACAGGCACCUGGUGUGCACGGAGAAUUCGACCAAUGUGAAGGACAGAGGUGUUCAUCAACGCAACACUGCGCUUGAGCAUAUCGAGCAUCAUAAGCUUGACGGGAUUGUGUACUUUGCGGAUGACGAUAAUAUCUACUCACUUGAGUUGUUUGAGAGUCUCAGGGAAAUCAGGCGUUUUGGCACAUGGCCUGUUGCUAUGCUAGCACAAGGAAAAAACAAAGCCAUACUGGAAGGUCCAGUAUGCAAUGGAAGCGAAGUAUUUGGAUGGCACACAAACGAUAAGAGCAAAAGACUACGAAGAUUUCAUGUUGAUAUGUCUGGGUUCGCAUUCAACAGCACCAUAUUGUGGGACCCAAAGAGAUGGCAACGACCCUUUGCAACUCCUAUUCGGCAGUUGGACUCUGUGAAGGAGGGUUUCCAGCUGUUCACUUCGGCUACAGGAAACCACAUUUAUCGAACAAUUGGUGGAAGAUGAAACUCAGAUGGAAGGUACACCCCCAAAUUGUUCAAGGAUAAUGAACUGGCAUCUCCAUUUGGAAUCUCGCGGACUUGUUUAUCCUAAAGGUUGGCUGCUUGAAAAGAACCUUGAUGCAAUUGUCCCGAUAAAAUGAUCAUCUCUCAACCCUUUUGUUCUUAAUCCUGAGAGCCCCAAGUAGGUUCAGUUUUGUUCAUUUUUCAUUUCUGCAUUUUUUAGCUUUCAAGUAGUACAUAUUUAAUAAUAAAAAAAAAGAGUACAUAUUUGUCUUGACCUUGGCUAGAAGGACUGGGUAUUUGAAGAAUUUCUUUCCCGAUGUUUUUGUGUUUUUGCUCCACAACAGUGAGGUAUCAUUUGUAACUGGUGGCUCGAACAUCUUUGAGCAUAUCACACUCAGCAAAUCAUCAUGGCAAGUCGCUGCUGUAACCAGAAGCAGGAAUACCGGAUACAAUGCUGGCAGAUACUAACGGAUGAAAGAUUUUGAUUUUUUCUGCUGAAGAUUUCUUUCCCUUCUUUAUUUUAUUUGCAGAAACUAUAGUUGUUGUAAAGUCUUUUCAGAGCAAGAAAUUUAAUUGCCUCCAAAAUUUGUCGAAUAGGAGUUUCCGAGAUCGAAGUUAUCACGAUGAGUUUGGUUU